AUGACGUCUCAUCAGGUUGCGAUCGCCAAGGCUUCCUUCUCUGCCGGCCUUCUUCGACCCGACCCUACAUCUGUUCCGCGAGAUGAGAUAACCGAAUUCCACAAUGCGCUCGACACAGCGUUGUCGCGCUGCUCACCCGCGAACAUCCAGGCCUGCAAAGCGUGGAUCUUGAAAAACAUUACUGAGUCUGCAAAUCGGGUUGGAGUAUUAGGAAAGUAUCUCACUGCUCUUGCGACAUUCUUCCCGUCCACUCGAGAUUUGCAGACCCAAGCCUCCAGCAACGAAGCUCAAAAGGCAUCUCCGAAACGGAAAAGACUGCACAUCCUGUACCUUCUCAAUGACCUUCUCCAUCAUACAAAAUAUCACUCUGGGCACACAUCUCCGUUUGCGACGCUCACAGGCUCGCUGCAGCCAUACUUAGUCGACCUCUUUGCUCUCGCUGCGGCGUUUGACCGUCAACGGAAUCCAAACCAUUUUCGGCGUUUGGCGGAACUACUGGAUAUCUGGGAAUACGAUGGAUAUUAUAGCAAGGACUAUAUUAACAAGCUGCGAGAGACCGUGGCAAACCCGGAAUUUCAAGAUGCGCAGGGCCUAGAAUCAACUGGACAGGGUAUGAGAGCCCAAGCGGGGAAGAAGAUACAUCCGAAGGAUGUACCAUAUAUCAUGCCUGCGACCCAUGGUGAUCCAAUGGCAUCUUAUCACGAAUUACCCGCCGGCAAUCUUCUUCCGCAUAUUAUCCCCAACUCUUCGAUACCCAUCAAGACACAAUCGGUAAAAGCUCUCCAGUUUGUUGCUGGACCUGCAGACGAGUCUCUCAUCAGAGCAGUAAAGUCCUUGCUCAAAGAUGUGGACCAAAUUUAUGGGACAAGCAACGUUGACGUGGACGACACAGCUGAGAUAGAUAUCGAUGAGUUGGGACAAAUCACAGCACAUGAUGAGGUUACCGGAGAAUCUCUUGACGGGGAUGCGUACUAUGGCUGGUCCCGUUCCUUUUGCCAAAAAAUGAAGCAAAAAAGAGGCGCGAAGGAUGAGAGUAGAAGCCCGAGUCGAAGUCGGAGCCGAAGUUACAGCCCUCCCAAGAGGCGACGACAUAGUGACAGCAGAAGCGCAGGCGAUCAGAGACGUUCCUGGUCCCGUGGUUCGCUUGAUUCUGGGGGAUAUCGGAACCGCCGUCGAUCUUCGCGAUCUCUAUCACGUUCACAGUCACCUCCACGACGGAGGCGACGCUCUCAUUCUAGAUCAAGAUCAUACUCUCCACCACCAGCCCCUCAGCGGCCAUCCUCGCCUCCAUCCCAGCAGAAAUCAGCACUGGCCGGCGUGCCACCGCCACCACCCCCUUCUAUACAAGCCCCGUUCAAUUCACCACACCAUUAUCAUCCUUCGCCGCAACAAAGUGGAUCCCCUCAGCCUAGCAUGUUUGUUCCACCCCCGAGACCCCCAAAUUAUCACGGUCCAUGGCCCCCACCUCCCCCACCUCCUCCAAUUCCAAAUCAGCACGGUUUUCCUGGUUCUAGCGCAUCCCCCCAGGCUAUGAAUAUGAACGUGAAUAUUCCCGGGUAUGGUCAACCACCUUUUAUGCCUCCUAUGCCCGGCACGCCAUUUGUACCCCCCCCACCUCCUCCGGGCCAUGCGCAACAAGGUCAGGCCCCACAUCCAGGACAAGAUCAACACGGUAUGUUCCAAUAUCCUCCAACGCAUCCCGGGCACUCGACUAGUCAAAACUAUCGUCGAGAUGGUGGACCAGGCGGUGGAUGGAGAGGUGGAGGAUGGUCUCGAGGAGGCUGGUCAUGA